CCGAGCUUGAGCCGGAGCCAGCGCCCGCGCCAAGCCCCAGCCGCAGCCCGAGCCGCCGUCGGAGUCCGAGCAGAGCCGCUCGGCCUCUCCGCCCCGCGCCCCGGCCGCCCUCCGCGCUUCUCUCGGCCCGGACCCGCCCCCGCGGCCCCCGCGCCCAAUGAAACUGGCCGCGAUGAUCAAGAAGAUGUGCCCGAGCGACUCGGAGCUGAGUAUCCCGGCCAAGAACUGCUACCGUAUGGUCAUCCUCGGCUCGUCCAAGGUGGGCAAGACCGCCAUCGUGUCGCGCUUCCUCACGGGCCGCUUCGAGGACGCCUACACGCCCACCAUCGAGGACUUCCACCGCAAGUUCUACUCCAUCCGCGGCGAGGUCUACCAGCUGGACAUCCUCGACACGUCCGGCAACCACCCCUUCCCCGCCAUGCGGCGCCUCUCCAUCCUCACAGGAGACGUUUUCAUCCUGGUGUUCAGCCUGGACAACCGCGACUCUUUCGAGGAGGUCCAGAGGCUCAAACAGCAGAUCCUCGACACCAAGUCCUGCCUCAAGAACAAAACCAAGGAGAACGUGGACGUGCCGCUGGUCAUCUGCGGCAACAAGGGUGACCGGGACUUCUACCGGGAGGUGGAGCAGCGCGAGAUCGAGCAGCUGGUGGGUGACGACCCCCAGCGCUGCGCCUACUUCGAGAUCUCCGCCAAGAAGAACAGCAGCCUCGACCAGAUGUUCCGCGCGCUCUUCGCGAUGGCCAAGUUGCCCAGCGAGAUGAGCCCGGACCUGCACCGCAAGGUGUCCGUGCAGUACUGCGACGUGCUGCACAAGAAGGCGCUGCGGAACAAGAAGCUGCUGCGGGCCGGCAGCGGCGGCGCGGGCGAGGCGGGCGACGCCUUCGGCAUCGUGGCGCCCUUUGCGCGGAGGCCCAGCGUGCACAGCGACCUCAUGUACAUCCGCGAGAAGGCCAGCGGCGGCGGCCAGGCCAAGGACAAGGAGCGCUGCGUCAUCAGUUAGGAGCCCCUCGGCCCUCGCGCCAGCGGCAGAACCUAAGGAGGACCUUUUUGUUGAAAAGCCAAGUCUGAUGUCCCGGCCAGCCCCGUGCGCCCCGGCCGCGUGCGCUCGCGGACCCGGGUCUUCCCUCCCCGAGACCCGGGCCCUGCGCACUGGGGAGGCGCAAACUAACGGGGACAGUCAUCUGCGUUGGAAGGAAAGAGAACUGGCUAAGAUCGGGACUCACCCCACCUCUGAUUCCCCGUUCCCGCCAGGCACCCCCACUGUUUAGGGGACACCGACCCACCGCUGGGUGAAUUUGUCUUGUUCACAAAGACCCAAGAAUGGGGGCGGGUGGGGUGGUGGUAGAAGUUAGUCAGCCACUGUUAGACUUCAGGAGACCUCAGUUCUGCUGGAAGGGCAGGACAAACAGGGCAUUACCUUGUCUGUGAUUCCGGGUUGCCAUGACAGCUGGGAAAGCCUCUGCCCUCUGGAAACUAAGGGGGUGUGGGUCAAAUCAUAUUCAAGUGACUUGUUUACAUGUGUGUGUGAAAUUGCACAAAGAAAAAACAUAAAACUUGCACUUUAAUAGUAGUUCUGGUGUCAUCAUGGACAUGAACAAAAUCUUACCCAGGUGUUUAUACUGUGUGUGUCUUUAAACUUAUUGUUAUUGUUCUUUUUAUAUAAAAUAAAAUAAUUU